CAAUUUUUGAUUAGGACGCAAGAUAAUUGAUAAUAUCAAGGCUCAACUUUCUUGAUAUCUCUGUUUUGUUCCCCGCUCUUGCGUAGAUUAAAUAUAAAUAUAUAAUAACAAACGUCCAGUUCCGAACGAUCAGUUCGAUGGACGCGCGCGAGUACAUAAAUUUUACAUUAAAUAAUAAUAAGUAAAUACUUUCUAUUUUUCAAAACAAAUCAAUUAAGUUAUCGGCAGAAUACUUGAUAGUGUCCACAAAAAAAUUUCACGUUGUCACCGAGUGAUAAUUAUUAUGAUAAUUUAAAUAAAUCCGAGUGUUUUCAAAUCUAAUCUGUUCCUAAUUCUAAAUAAAAUUUUGAUAUUCUGAAGAUUUAAAUUACAAAAAGAGAUUUGCUGAUGAAAAACAGUGGUGUGUUUUCGAUGAGAUGUCAUUGAUUUGAAAUCUUUAUCGAGGUGUGAAAGAAAAAAUAGCCACAAUGACGGCAAACGGUGUUCGAAAUCGUAUGAAGAAUGGGAAGAAAAGUGAUGUGCCGACUACGACUAACGGAGAUGUGAUUCGAGAUGAGGAGUUCAAAGUUCGGGAUUCUCCCUUGACGGAACUGAUACAAUCCUCCUUGCACAUAAGGGCGAUAUAUAACAUAUUUGUGGUCAUACUCCUCGUGUUGUUCUGCGACACCGUCAUAUACGACCUCGUCGAGAGAGGAAAGAUUAACAUAGGACUGGGGGUUAUUGCAGCAGGAUUUGGUGAUAUAAGAAGGGGAAUGAAGUUAUGGAUGUACGACUUUUGUGUUGCUAUGGCUUUUUAUCCGCUGCUCGUAGCUUACGCUUGGGUAGGAAAAGUAACCAGAAAAUAUCCAGUAUUACGUCCAACAGUAAUAAUGCUGGGUAUACUCGGUGUAAUUGGCGUGGAGGUGGCCGCCGCCAUAGUGCCGGUCGUAGAGCUGGGCAGGAAACAUCUGGAGCUCGGCUCUUCUAUCACUGUUACCUGCGAAAUGUUCCGCUACAUGAUGAAGCUUGUGUCAGUAUCUGUGGCUUGCGGGCCGCGCUGUUUGAGCGGGAACCUACCGUUACCAACCUUCAAACACUACAUAUACUUCAUGUUCGCGCCAACACUCCUCUACAGAGAUCAAUAUCCCAGAACGAAGAAGAUAAGGUGGGGUGUGGUGGUAUUCCAUUUCCUGGAGGUUGCCGCGAUUAUAUUCUACAAUUGUUUCCUUUGGGAGAGGUUUAUCAUGCCCUACUGGUCUGACUACGGGAAGGAGAGAACGGUGGAAGCAGGCACGCUAGUCCGAGGGAUGUUUGCAUGCGUGCUGCCGGGAGUCAUAUCUUUCCUCUGCGGGUUCUACUGUGUGCUGCAUGCCUGGCUCAACGCCUGGUCCGAGAUGCUCAAGUUUGGAGACCGACUGUUCUAUGAGGAUUGGUGGACGACUUCCCAAUUUUCUCUGUACUAUCGUCGCUGGAACCGAGUCGUGCACUCCUGGCUCCGAGACCACAUCUACAUUCCCCUGGCGCCGCGUGCUGGACGUCCUUUAGCCACAUACGUCGUCUUCUUGGUGUCAGCAGUAGCCCACGAGGUGAUCCUAGCGUUGUCUUUCGGUUUCUUCUACCCAGUCCUGCUGGUGGAAUUUGGUUUAAUUGGCGUCGUGAUGGUGCCACUCACAGCAAAGAGUGGCCAACUCUUCCCUAACGUUUUCAACCUAAUCAUGUGGCUGGGUUUCUUCAUAGGAAAUGGUAUCCUGUGGAGUUUGUAUCCGAUGGAAUACUUCGCUCGGCGGAAUUGUCCAGUGCUGGAAACUGACAGCUACUUUAUUCCAAAGUCAUGGUCCUGCCCAGAAGUCAUCCUGAAACCUAAUUGGACAUUCCAGAAUCCUCUACGGAUAAUUAGGACAUAAAAAACUGCAUUAACGUCUAAAGAACUAGUGAAAUUAAUUGUUAUACUUUUUUAUUUUAU